AUGAAAACGAAGAUUUGCGGAAGCUUGCAGAAAAGGAAGUUAUUUCCUGUGAGGAAGAGAUAGAAGAAUUGAGACAUCAGAUAGUAUCACUUUUGAUUCCUUCAGAGGAAACUGACAAAAAUGAUCUUGUCAUAGAAGUGACUGCUGGAGUUGGAGGGCUGGAAGCAAUGUUGUUCACUGCUGAGAUGUUUGAUAUGUAUCAACAGUAUGCAGCAUAUAAAAAUUGGACUUUUGAUACUCUGACAUACACUUCUAGUGUUAUAGGUGGCUUAAGACAUGCAUCUGCCAGUAUAAAAGGCCUUGAAGCAUAUGGACAAUUGAAGUUUGAAGGAGGAGUACAUCGUGUUCAGCGCGUACCAAAGACGGAGAAGCAAGGCCGCAUUCAUACCAGCACAAUGACUGUAGCAAUUCUACCACAGCCAAGUGAGAUAACUCUGACAAUUAAUCCUAAAGACCUAUGUAUUGAAACUAAAAGAGCCAGUGGAGCUGGUGGCCAGCAUGUGAAUACUACUGAUAGUGCCGUACGGAUAGUGCAUAUUCCCUCAGGCAUAGUAUCUGAAUGUCAACAAGCAAGAUCUCAAAUUAAAAAUAAAGAAAAAGCUAUGGAGCUUCUUCAUGCUAAACUAUAUAGCAUCAAACUUGAAGAACAAACGGCAAAGAUACAUACUGCCAGAAAGAUUCAGGCAAAUCAGCAGUGCACUGAUACACGCUGUUUCACUCAAGCCUCAGUUGCAAAGAAAAACCAGAACUGGUGAGAAAAACUGUUUUUCCUAAUAUCAUAAAGAAAUAAAAAUAAUUGACAAUACCAUCCAUGAUUUAUUUGCUGUACCUGGUCAGAGCAUAUCAGUGAGGGUGAUCUAAAUAGCAGACAGCAGCAUACAGCUUUGUUAAUAAGCCAUAAUAUCUUGUGGUGUUGGACUAAACCAGCUCAUGUUGAAAAGAUAUGGAUUAUAACUUGGAUAUAUGUGGUUGAAACAAAGUGAUGCAGUGUGAGCCCUGAAAUGUUACUGAGCAUUGGUAGAAGGAAAGAAGAUAUAGUUGUGUAGAACAGCAUUCUGCCAAAUUGGUGCCCUUCACGUAUUGGUCUUUCAAAAUUUCCAACCAACAAGUUGGGCAAUCAUGAAAAUUGUGGCCCAAGACAUUUUGAGGGAACUUGGGGCAGGUUAAUUGUUUAAACUGUUUUGUUUCUAUUUCUUUACUCCUUUCUCUUCUCCUAUCGACUUUAUUCAAAAUUUCUCCCUGAUUGAGAAAAAGCAUGUUUAGAUGGAGAUAUGUAAAAGCGGUGUUAU